AAGAUGGCGGCCGCGAAGACUAGCUGCUGGAGGUGAUGGCGGCAUUACAACUGCCCCCACCCAAUAUGGCGGCGCCGGCUUCAUACGUGCCCCUCUGGCCGCGCGGGCUCCGCCCCGGCCGCCUCAGCCGCAGCCAUAGCCGCCUCAGCAGCACCUCCGGCUCCUCCAUGGAGCGCCGCCGUCACCACCGCCGCCGGUGAAGCCGAGCAGGACUGGCGGCCAGCCGGGUGGCCAGGCAGGCCCGGGCGGCGGCGGGGAUGAGGCGGUAGGCACGAGGGGAGCGGGCGUCAUGUCGGGCCGGGUGAGCGGCGCGGCGGCGGCGGCCCCGGUGCUCCCCGCUCCCCCUUCCCCGGUGGCGACGGCCAAGGAGAAGCGCUCCUUCAGCAAGCGGCUGCUCUUCCGCGGCCGGGUGGGCGGCGGCGGCAGCACGGGGGUCUCGGGGACCGGCGGCAGCGGCUCCUCUUCCUCGUCGGCGCGCUCGCUGGGCGGCUUUAUGAGCCGCGUGCUGAAGACGCUCUCCACGCUCUCGCACCUCAGCACCGAGCACGGGCCGGCAGCAGCAGCAGCAGCCUCCGCCGCCGCACGCCACGGGCACCCCAGCGCCGCCGCCGCCCUUUCCGGCAGCAGCCUGGGCCGCUGCUUCCAGCCCAGCCCGGAGCCCGAGCCGCCGCCCGCCCCGCCGCCGCCGCAGGAGCUCCUCCCGCCGCCGCCGCCGCCGCCGGGCUCGUCGUCGUCGUCGCUGCUGCUGCUGCCGGCGGCGGUGCCCGGCGUGGCGGGGCUGCGCAACCACGGCAACACGUGCUUCAUGAACGCCAUCCUGCAGUGCCUGAGCAACACCGAGCUCUUCGCCGAGUACCUCGCCCUCGAGCAGUACCGAGCCGCCGCCGCCGCCACCGCGGAGGGAGAAGGAGAAGCCGCGGACGGAGGAGGCAGGGGCGGCGGCGAGGAGGGCAAGCAGCGGGACGUCACAGCCCCAGCCCGCCCGCCGGAGCCCGCCCCGGACAACUGCAAGGGCGAGGUGACCGAGCAGCUGGCGCACCUGGUGCGCGCCCUCUGGACCCUCGAGUACACGCCGCAGCACAGCCGCGAGUUCAAGAGCAUCGUUUCCAAGAAUGCCAUGCAGUAUCGAGGGAGCUCCCAGCACGACGCUCAGGAGUUCCUCCUCUGGCUCCUGGACAGAGUCCACGAGGACCUCAACAACAUAGUGAAGAAUAAUGGCAGACCUCUGAAGCCGCCUUUGGAAGAAGAAGUGUUGAUCGAGGGACCUGCGUUUCCGAUAAAUAGCACUUUUGUCCAGGAGCUCUUCCAGGCCCAGUACAGGUCCUCCUUGACGUGUCCUCAUUGUCAGAAGCAAAGUAAUACCUUUGACCCGUUCCUAUGCAUCUCUCUGCCAAUCCCGCUGCCUCACACACGGCCCCUGUAUGUCACUGUGGUGUACCGAGGAAAGUGCUCCCACUGCAUGCGCGUCGGGGUGGCUGUGCCUCUGUCUGGGACAGUGGCAAGACUCAGAGAAGCUGUGGCCAGAGAGACCAAAAUCCCCACCAAACAGAUUGUGCUCACUGAGAUGUACUACGACGGGUUCCAUCGCUCUUUCUCUGAUUUUGACGACCUUGACACGGUGCAAGAGAGCGACUGCAUUUUUGCCUUCGAGACUCCAGAGAACUUCCGGCCUGAGGGGAUCCUAAGCCAGAGAGGGAUCCACGUGAACAGUAAUCUGAAUCACUUGAAAUACGGUGUUGACCAUCAUAUGGCAUCUCCUUAUACCCAAGGGAGGCUGGAGAACUCCAAUUCCAGGGUGGUGGGAGCGGCAGCGGCAGCGAGCGACAAGCUGGUGGUGCUGGUGUGCAACCGGGCGUGUACUGGGCAGCAGGGGAAGAGGUUUGGUCAGCCCUUUGUGCUCCAUUUAGAGAAGGCAAUUCCUUGGGACCUUCUGCAGAAGGAGAUCUUGGAGAAGAUGCAGUAUUAUCUACGGCCCUCAGCCUGUGUACAGGUUUGUCCUUUCAGCUUGCGAGUGGUUAGCGCGGUGGGCAUAACUUACCUGUUACCUCAGGAAGAGCGGCCUCUCUGCCACUUAAUGGUGGAACGGGCCCUGAAGUCAUGUGGGCAAGGCGGAACCCCCCAUGUGAAGCUGGUGGUGGAAUGGGACAAGGAAACGAAGGACUAUUUAUUUGUCAAUACCGAAGACGAGUAUGUCCCUGAUGCGGAGAGUGUCCGCCAGCAGAGGGAGCUCCACCACCAGCCUCAGUCCUGCACCUUAUCUCAGUGUUUCCAACUCUACACCAAAGAGGAGCAGCUGGCCCCGGACGACGCAUGGCGUUGCCCUCACUGUAAGCAGCUGCAGCAAGGAAGUAUCACGCUGAGCCUCUGGACCUUGCCAGAUGUCCUCAUCAUUCACCUGAAGCGCUUUCGACAGGAAGGAGACAGACGAAUGAAGCUUCAAAACAUGGUCAGGUUCCCUCUGAUUGGCCUUGACAUGACUCCGCACGUCGUCAAGCGAAGCCACAGCAGCUGGAGCCUGCCGUCCCAUUGGUCCCCGUGGAGGCGCCCCUAUGGCCUGGGCAGGGACCCAGAAGACUUCAUCUACGACUUGUACGCUGUGUGCAACCACCAUGGCACCAUGCAGGGGGGGCACUAUACAGCCUAUUGCAAGAACUCCAUCGAUGGCCUGUGGUACUGCUUUGAUGACAGUGAUGUGCAGCAGCUGGCUGAGAAUGAGGUGUGCAAGCAGACAGCCUACAUCCUCUUCUACCAGAGGCGGACAGCCGUUCCCUCCUGGUCCGCCAACAGCUCUGUGGCAGGCUCCACGAGCUCCUCGUUGUGUGAGCACUGGGUCAGUCGGCUCCCAGGCAGCAAGCAGCCCAGCAUUGCCUCCGCAGCCUCUUCCCGGCGCACGUCCCUGGCUUCCCUCUCGGAAUCUGUGGAGCUGAUGGGGGAGAGGAGUGAAGAUGACGGCGGGUUCUCCACCCGGCCCUUUGUGAGGAGUGUGCAGCGGCAGAGCUUGUCUUCCAGAUCCUCUGUCACCAGCCCCUUGGCUGUGAGCGAGAACGGCAUCCGCCCCUCGUGGUCGCUGUCGGGAAAGCUGCAGAUGCGCUCCAACUCUCCUUCACGCUUCCCCGGGGAUUCUCCAGUCCACAGCUCGGCUUCCACCCUGGAGAGGAUUGGGGAGUCUGUGGAUGACAAAGUGUCCACAUCGUGUUUUGGCAGCCUGAGGAGUCUCUCUGGCAGCCACCUUGAACCCAGUGAUGGCAGCCGGCAGGAGCAGCCCAUGGUGGGCAGGGCUCCCCUGGCAGUCAUGGAGGGCAUCUUCAGAGAUGAAAUGCCCGGGCGGAAGGCAAGCUCCUGUGCGGACUCCCACGGCAAGACCCCGGUGCAGGCAGACAGGAACUGCCCUGCUCUGGACCCUUUUGAUAACAACAAUCAGAUAGCCUUUGUUGAUCAGAGUGAUUCUGUUGAUAGCUCUCCAGUUAAGGAGGGGAGAAGCUUCAGUGGGAUGCCCAAGGCAGACAGCAGCCUCCAACAGGCAGCCCUCUCCAAAGACACCUUUGAGCCAGACAGGAGCUUGAGGAAAACAGGGAGGACAGUUUUGUCUAGUCAGGAUUCUCCAGCGACUCGCCAAUCUACUGCCUCCCUCUCUCCCUCCAAGAGUUUGCCGAAGGGGUCCCGGUCUAGGAACAGCAAGCUGGAUUCCUGUCGGGCGAGUGGGCGGCACGGAUCUCCUGCCUCCAGACAGGGCAGGAAGGAGGUUGGCUCGAAGGCCCAAGACGUGCCCGCUGCCACCAACACCUCUGCUCAGCAUAAGCAGAAGUCUGCUUCCUCCUCUUUGUCUUCUGCAACACGAAAAAACUCGGGGUCAUCUGCACGGGGGCACAACCCCCCUGGCAGCAAAAGCAGGACUUCGGACCACAGCCUCAGCAGGGAGGGCUCCAAGCUCAGCCUCGGCUCGGACAAGACGAGCGUCACCACCAGCUCGCGCACAAGCUCCCCGCGGAUAAGCCAGUCUCGGAGUGAGGGCCGGACGUCGGACAGCAAGCACGUGCGCAGCUCGUCCAUGGCCAGCCUCCGCUCGCCCACGGCGGGCCCCCGCUCCAGCCUGAGGAGGGACAGCAAAUCGGAAGAAAAGGGGCUCUCCUUCUUCAAAUCUGCCCUGCGCCAGAAAGAGAGCCGGAGGUCGGCCGACCUGGGCAAGGCCACCAUUCUGUCCAAGAAGAUGUCAGGCGGCUCCUCCAAAGCCAUGAGUAAAAACUUGCUUGAGGAGAGGCUGGAGAAGAAGAGCAGCCCCCAAGCGCCCCCACUGCACUCUCUGCCGCCAGCCGCUGCCCCUGCUGCGAAAGAUGCCUCUCCUGCCAAACACUCGCUGCUCACCAGCCGCAAGUCGAAGUCUUCCCAGCUGGCGGGCAGCCCCCCAUCGCCCAGCAGUGGCAAGCAGGGGGCUGAUGGGGCCUCCUUGUGCAAGCAUCUCCCUUCCAGCAUGCCCUCAUCUGCACGGCCAUCUUCAAAAUCUCAGUGAUGAGCUGCUGCUGCUGCAAUCCAUUGGGCUGGUUUCCUCCUUGGCUUCUUUUUGCUCAUGUGCCUAAUGUGUUUUGAGGGAAACUUCACUACUGUCCAAGCGCCUUUGAUGCUGCCACCAUACCAAAUAACUACAGGCCGCCACCGCCGCAGCAGCUGGUAUUUUGCAGCAGGCUUUGUGGGGGCCACCGAAGGCCCUGAUCUCUGCCCCCUUCCUCAACCAGCAGCAGGAGCUGCCCUUUCAGGGACCUUGCCACUUCCUCCUUUAGAGGGCGACUAUGGAGCAUGUAAAUGGCCACCUGUGUCGAGGUUGCAAAGUUGCUGCUGCUGCUGCUGCCCCUUAGGGGCUGGGGGUCUGCAUUGAGCAGGGGGUAGCCUGGCUCUGUGAGCUACAGAAGAGCUGCAAAGGGAAACUGUGGAAGAAGGCAAGACUGUCCUGCUGUCUCUCCCCCCCCGGUCUGGGCACCCCAUUUUCCAAGCUUCUUAAGGGCAAUAUUUCAAUGCUAAUGUUGUUUCUCAGGUAAAUGCUCAGCCAGUACUGGAGGGAACAGAAGGUUCUGGGGAAAGGCGCAUCCUCUCUCAUAGAGGGGUGUAUGUGGGAGAAGACUGCUUUUUUGUGUUUCUCUUUUUUCAUUCCAGCAGGUUUCUGCAUGUCCAGAAUGUUUGUUUUUGUGAGAAACGUACCUGUCCUGUUCAGAUGUCAUCUCGAGAGAGGGAGGGGCCAGUUGGGGGCUUGGGAACCAGCAGGUUGGACCUUGAUGUUCUGCAUGGUGGUGGUGGGGGCAGUUGGAUGGGGGCAGGGUCUGCGUGUGUGUGUACUGGGCAUACCCUGAAGUGUGCAGAGGGAGGAGGCUUCGCCGUGGGUGUGUAUAUGCGCAUGCGUGUGCACACAUGUUCUUAUGGGACUGUGGGAAGCGGCACUUCCUUGCUGGAGGAGGAAAGCAUUUCAGCUUCUGUGGAGGUCCUCUUGUGGGUCCCAGAUGGAACUAGGCUCCUGCAUGUAACGGCCAGGCCCUUCCCCACAGCCUUUUGGGUUUUGCUCCUCUUGUUCACCACCAUCAUCAUCCAUCUUGCAGCUUUUAAAAGAGAUCAUGUGACCUUGGCCAUGAAAGCCCACUCCAAAGCAUUUUGCUUGCUGUAUCGUGCCCGUGUGUGUGUGUGGGCCACCUUCUUGCCCCAUUGCCAGGUGGGCUCUGUGAGGCAUCCCUCUCCCCUCCCCUGUUGCCCUUGCCAUCCUGCAGGGGGCUCUGAGCUUCUGACCCUUCCUUGCUUGUUCCCAUUUUCUUGCUUCAGCACCUCAGCCACCUCCACCCGCAGGCUUUGGCUUGAGCCAAGGACCUGUUUGAAGGGGAUUUGCAGAGGCCUCUCUGACACACGGCGGGCUCCUUUUGCCGUCUCCAUGCUGGGUGACAGGCAGGUUCCAUGUCAGCUUACUGAUGUAUGCAGCCUGCCUGUCUGGAGUGAACAAGAUUCCAGCCCCCUUAACGCAGCAGCUUCUUCUGUGGCUUGUCACUUCCUUUGCACUGCCCUGGGCCUGGCAUAGUUCUGUUGGCGUUGACACUGCCGCAGUCCUGAGAAGUAGAUUCCUCCAUCGCACAGCCAGGAUGUCAUCGCCUAGGAACAGGGCAUCUUGAUCUUUUGCUCUGCAGCCGAUUCUGAGUGCUGUGAGCGCCCUGAAAGGUGGCAGUGGAGGUACCCCAUUUUGUACCCGGGCACUUGACCCAGUGGGCUGCAUUUCCGGUUGCUGAGCUGCUGGUGGGUAGCCAAGUUGCUGCGUGCCCAUGAGAAGGGACAGCUGGCAAAUCCCUCUCUGGGGCAGCACCUCCCCCCCCCCGCCUGUAUGUUAAAAACGGGAGCAUUUGCACUCAGUUUCGGGGUUGCCGUUGGCUUUCCCUCUGGCAGCAGACCUUCCCGGGUUUGCGAAUAGAAGCAACCCUCUGGUUGGUUUUGAGCAGACUACUAGAUCCUCAGAAGUGUUUUGGGAAAAAAGGAAUAAAAAAGACAGAGCUGUCUUGGGGGCUUUUCCCCUCCUCUCGGACAAGUUGGCUGUAGAUCCAAGAUGACUGUGUGACUCCGGAAGGUGAUUAAAUUUAGGAAGCCCCUGACAUGCAGCUGUGCAGCGCUUGUGUUCUCUCUCUCACACCCCUCUGUGUUGAGGGGAGGAUCCUGUAACUAAUUUAAGUCUCCUUCUCUGAAAAGGAACUUGAGCCUGUCUGCCCUCUGCACAUGCACAGCAACAUUCCUAUGGCAUGAAACCAGCCAGCUGUCCUUCCAACUAUGGGAGGGAGGGUUGACUUCCCCAUCUUUUGGGGCUAGAUUUUUGGAUAGUGUUACAAUUAGUAUGCAAAUUCUGAGCACAUCUUCAAGGCAUCGUGGACUUGUAUUACUUGUACUUGGUAGCCAAGGUGAUGCUAGCAGCAACCUUUUGUAACCAUGGCAAGCGUCUCACCCCUAGCGUACACCUUUCAAAAGUAUAUAUGGAUCAAUUAGUCUGACUCAAUCAUAAUUGUUCAGGUGGAGAGUGAUUCUCCAUGUUCCAGACACAUAGACUGUUCCCUGCUUGACAGUCACUGCUGGAUUUUUUGAGCAUGGCAGGCCUCUCCCCCCCCCCCCGCCAAACACUGAUGGUAUCUUGCAUGACCCUUCUCUUCCGCUGCCCCCUCCCACCCCUGCGCAUGUCCAUAGUAACUAUGCAAGCAGCGCUCUGAAGCUAAAGCAGGCUGCCCUGUUGGUGCCGUCUGAGGUGGCCGCAGUUUGGGUCAGAGCUCUUGGUCCGGCCCAGGAGCAGCCCAGAGAGCCAAAGGGGGGCGUUUUCUGGCUUCGGUUAGCGCACACUCUUCCUUUCCUUUGUGCAGCUCUUUGUUUACUGACUUUUGGGGUGCAGAAAUGACUGUGGAAUACUCAAAAGAUGGCAGGUGGUUUGUCUCUUGUUUUAAUAGUGUGUUUUUGUUUUUAUACUAGAACAACCUGCUGAGCUUUUUUCCAAAGGGGCGUGCAGCCAUUUGAGAAAUUUUGGCAACAGCUGGCAGCCUUCAGUAGCAGGCUGUGCAAUGGAGAUGCCCCCUGAAUGUGGUUUCUCUUGAGCCAAGGGGGGCAAGCAGGACUCUCCUGCCCUCCACUUUUGUCUCAGUGUGGAGAAGAAGGAGGGAUGGAGCUGGCUCCAGAGCUGAGAAGGCUGGGAACCUUCUCUGGUUUCUGGGGUGGAGGCCCUGCAGAGCUUUGCUGGACAGAGAUGUUGCCCCUUUAAACCCUUGCCACACGCGGCUCCCAGGCAGUUCCUGCACUGGAGGAGGUUUCCCCAACAUUCUGGAAGCUCCUUUCAUCAGUAGUCGAGAAAGCAUUUUUGUUUUGAAACGGCCGUUCAAAUCAUGUUAACGGCAAUCCUCUUUUUGGCUUUGCUGUGUCAUUUGCCUAUUAAUCUGCAGCAACUUGUCGGGGGUCCAACAUUAUCUGCAGAAGCAACUGAAAUGUAGUUUUAAUCUGUGGUGAGAUGGAAGUACUACGCAGCUUUCCUUAAUUAAAAACAACAAGUCCAUUAGUAUCUGGAGUUGACAGAAUGAAGAAUGGAAAUUCCAGCACCCCCCUUUUUUUUUUAUAACAAGCAUCAGGCCAACCUAAUUUGAACACCAGGUGCUGAAAUGCUUUGAUUAAACCCAAAACGAAUUCUCUGCAAUAGAGAACGUGGGGCAGUUGGACGAAAGAGGCAAUUUGGAAACUCCCAGUUGCCUUUUUUGUAGCAUUUUUGCUCCGCCACCAACCCUCCAAACUUGAAGUCUACAGAUAAUUUAUUCCUAGGCUGCUCACUGGUUGUGUCUCUCACCUUUGGCUAAAACUGAAUUUUCAGUGCUGUUGCAAACAGUGUGAGCCUCAAAACACUGGAAUGGCUGUCCUGUUUGAGAGCCAGAUUUGCAUGUUCCAUCACUGGAUGCUUCCUUCCCUCUCCUCUCCCCUCUGCCCCCCAUUCCUGUUGAUAAUUUUAAAGUUUUUUUUAAAAAUCCUGUACAGUACUCUGGGAGAGAGGCUCCUCCUCUUCUUGGGGUGGAACCAUUAUGUACCAUAAGAGGGUUUUAACUUAUUUGACGGCAAGUGCAUGAGACUGUGUCAAUGCCUUUUAUUUAUUUGUAUGCACUUUUAAUAUGCAGAAUUUAUAUUUUUAUGUUUUAAAAAACCAUUUCCUGUCAGAGAGAAGAGUUUGGAUACAAGGUAUUGGAGGAUUUAAAAGUGGGAAAAUGAAUAAAGUACAAUAAAUUUA